GCAGAAGUACUGCUGGUUUUCCUUCAGUUUUAAGCUGGUGGUAGACAGUUUAGUUCCAUCCAGAAUUUUCUUCAAGACAAUUUGCGUUGUGAAAUUUCUGUUUCAUAAAUAUAAAUUAUUUGUUUUUGCGAGCAGGAUAUAUUCUUUAUACAGGAUAAACUUAAAGGAAAAUCUGUAAAAAUGACUGCAGUACCGGUGACUGUUCUAAUCUUCUUCGGUCUGCUGUCAUGUUGCGCCGCUAAGGAGGUCAUGUGUCCCGCAGAAGUCUGCGUUUGCGAGGACGUGGGCAGCGAUGGGGCCCCUCAACUGUUUUCCAAUUGCACUAAUGCUUCUCUUCACGAUGUUCCUCGUGAGCUUGACAACAGCACCGCGAUUCUCGACGUAUCUGAUAACAAUAUCACACAACUUCGGAACGACACGUUUGGCAGAACAGGACUCCUCCAUAUCGACAGAGUAUUUGUAAAUCGUAAUUAUAUAAGUGGGGUGGAAUCUGGUACAUUCAGUCAGUUGAGUUCCUUGUCGGAGCUUCACUUGGAAAGUAACCUGAUAGCAUCAAUAUUACCUGGCACUUUUUGGGGUAACCCGUUUCUCAUCGUAUUGAAUUUACGAAAUAACCGUUUGUCAUCUCUGCCUGUGGAUAUUAUUACAUUAAAGAAUCAUAUUCGAAAGCUGGAUAUAAGCGAGAAUACUAUUAAACAAGUGGACACAUAUUUAGUUCAGAAGUACUAUCCGGAACUUCAGAUAUUUGAUGUUAAUAAGAAUCAAAUCACUCACUUAUUCUCGACCUCUCCUGUAGAUAAUUCGAGCCUUGAAGUUAUAGAUGCGAGUUUUAACUAUAUUGCAGAAUUAGAUCCCAUUACAUUCUCAAGUGCUUCAAAACUAAGUGAGCUAAACAUAAGUAAUAACGAAAUAAGCAGUUUGAGUGAAGACAUGUUUGCCAGUAAUCCAGAGCUUGUGAAGUUGGAUAUAAGUAAUAAUUACAUUCUCACUAUACAAAGGGACACUUUCAGAAAUAAUCCAAAAAUCACGGAAAUAUAUGCCGGUUCUAAUAGUUUGACGUAUCUGCACCCUGGCACGUUCCGUGAGAAUCCCCAGCUCACAAAAGUAACUGUUAGCUGGAAUAGAAUUCAAGAUAUCCAUCCUGAAACAUUCUACAAUAACCCUAAGCUCGAGUAUUUGGAUUUUAAUGGUAAUAAACUCGAGACAUUGGAUCCCGGUGUUUUCCAGAACAAUCCCAUACUGAAAUCUGUGGACCUGAGGAGCAAUUUUCUGGUUACAAUCCAUGAGAAUACUUUCCAGAACAAUCCUAAGCUCGAACAGCUCUUAGUGAGCAGAAACGAACAUUUUCGCUACCACAACGGAUUAAUAAUUCUUGCGUCUUCGCUGAAAGUGUUCGAUGCUCAGCAUUGCAAUUUGUCGCAACUGCCUGUUGACAUUUUCAAUAAUACAUCCAACCUCCGCGAGUUACAUCUCGGUAACAACAAUUUGACUUCGCUGGAUUGCGAUGCAGACACAGACAGCAACAAUUACGUGGAUUCGUUCAGCAAGUUACAAGUCUUAGAUGUCUCCAAUAACCAGCUGCAGACGAUCAGCGUUGAAAUUCUCAAUAAUAAAAUGACAAAUCUGAAAACCCUGCGAAUUGAAGGUAAUCCUUUUCUGUGCGAUUGUAAGCUCAGGAACGUUUGGCUGUGGUCACAGAAAGUGGGUAUAAUUCCAUCGCAACCCCAAAUUACGUGCACGGAUGUGCGACGGGGAACCGUUCCUUGGGAUGACGUGGAAAAUUUAAACUGCAGCGAUGAAUCGCCCAUAGAAGAAUCAACUUCUUCAGUAAAGGGCAUGCAUCCGAAAUCCGGCGAUAAAUCACAAGCAGAGGAAUCAACGUCUACUUUACCAGGCACAGUAACAAGCAAUGAUGGCUACUUGCGUAGCGAACCGCAAAAUGUAGACUGGAUAGAGAGCAGUGACUUUCUCGGGUAUUCUGUCCCAGAAAUAUCCAAUAUUCCUGACUUAGUCCGGAAAGAUAACGGAGUGAAGAAUGCAGUUUUGAUUACAGCUUCCAUUUUAUUUAUUAUCGCCGUUUUACUUGUAAUAGUUGUAUUCUUAUUCCACAUGAGAAGAAGAUAUGCGUUAUAUAAAGUAUCUAAGAACAAUAGUAAGAUCGAAAACAGUAAUGCUGCAUAAUAAUGUGUUGAUUGGUGUUUCCCAGCAUUGUAACUUGUAAUGGAGGAUAGAUCACCCAUAAUAAAUAGAUAGAAUGAAUUUAAUUAUAUGCAAUACUUCCACAUAUUUCUGUAUAAUUUUGUAUGCAGCGUGGUGAGUCAUCGUUAUGCUGCACCUCCCCCCCUCCCAAUGUUUAGCCUCUUAACAAAUCAUACAAUAGUGAAGUUUGAUAGUUGAAACGCAUGUGAAAGAUUAGGUCAGAUAGACUCUGUCUCUUCCCGUUUUAAAUUGAAUACAGCUAUAAAUUUGCAAUGUUGACCCGGUGUUAGUGAAUUCAUUUAGUUGUAAACACGAACUUCAGUAGUUGGCUGGCACAAAUUUGUCUUCCAUGCCCUGACAUUAAGGAUUAAAAGAGUUAAUAUGAGUUUUGUAAGGGACAUUCGGUAUUUUGCGAUGUCGAACGAAUCAGUGAAAUAUGUGAUUUGACUUUAAAUAUCGCUUCACUUUAUAUACAUGUGUUUCAUUUUAAUAUCACCGUAAACAUGGUUUAUUUCCUUAAAUAUCAUUAAGAAGUUGAUCUUUGUAAUGGAGAAGUGUUUUCUUUGAGGUACGGACUUAAUUCUUAAAUAUUGUGUGGGUGAACUUCACUUCUUAAGGGUUAAGCUUUGCAAAUAUGUACAGAUCUGUUUAUGCUAUCGUCUGCAAGCCAGAUGGCAGAAAUGUUGUGUCUUAUUUCACUGCCGCUCACAGUGGGUUUCAGCUAGUACUCCAUCUUGCGCUUGAGCAUCCAACUAUGGUUCAAUAAAUGGUCUUGCGUUGUUAUUGCCACUGUCGAUUAAAUACCUCGGUUAACUAACGUUGUUUUGUCGUGUAGUGUUAGUUGUAUUCCAACGUUCCGGAGGAACAUACUGCCUCCAUCUUUAAGGCUAGAGGCAGUAUUUUCCACCGAAACGUUGGAAUAUUGUCAAAUUACUGCACGGCCCGACAACACAUAAUCUACACUUACAUCGCUGGGAAAAUUCCAAAGUCUGCAACGGUUUAAUUGUUAAGUGAUCGGUGUAUCAUUCGUGAAGUGUCAUUUGAAGUAAGACGCGGGUAACUAGCGGUAAUAAACGCAGUAAAAUGGAGAAUGAAUAAACUACUUAUCAUAUAAAAGAACAAACAGUUAAGACGUUACUCUUCAAACACACUUUAGUUUAUUACAGGUAACGAACAUUAAAAUAUGCGAUCUUUUCUUUUUCUUCUGAGGCUGCAAUGUUAGGUUAGGUUCAACAAAUUUAAUAUCGUGGGGGAAAGAGGGGAACGAAGUCAAUUAUACGUGUCCAAGUAACGCACGUAAGUCAUCAUUUGAUAUAAUAAGUUUGUGGGUCGAGAGUCUGCUUUUUAGUUGUUCCCGUUUAUCAUUAUGCCAUAUUAAUAAUAAUAAUUAAGCACUAAAAUUUAAUAUUUUAAACAUUUCACAGAUGCACGUGGUGUGUUACACUGUAUGAUUUAGUUUUCUGACUUUAUUUAGUAUGCAUUAACAUAUUAAUCAUACAAUGGCAAUGUGUAAACACGAACUUGUACGAGGAAUGUACAAUAAAUUAUAGUAAUUAAUUCUA